AAGCAAUGGAUCAAGGAAAGACUCAGUACUACUCGCCCCAAUUUAUUCGCAGACGCUUUGUAAAGAAUGCGUCAUCGUCGAAAAACAACAGCUUCGAAUGGUGCCAGAGAGUGGUCCACAGCAGACAUUGUUUUGUGCAAGAGAGUAGCAAAAGCAUGGACGAUGCCGCUGUCGCUCGAGGAGCUCCGCAGCUGCAGCAACAGCAGCAGAGUAGUUUCGACGACAGCAGAAUCAAGACUGCGGCAGUGAUGAAAAAGUGUACCAGUGACGACCCACUUCACAUUGGGGAGAAUAGACCCACAGCAAUGGCAAUGACGACAACAACAAAUCAUGCCGACCAAUCGCUACUGGUCAGAAUGCGCCGAAAAUUGUUCAACGGCAGUGGAAUGUCGCCUACAUUGCGACAAAAGAGUGGUAGUCAUGGAUACAGCUCACAAGACAGCGACUGGGGACCCCUGGAGAGCGCCAAGUCAGACGAGAGUGGAAUCUGGGUGGAACAGAACAACGAGGCCACAAAGAGAAACCAUUCAGCAGUGAGACACAAUCAAAGUCAAAAUGGGCGUCAUCAAAAGAAGUUGUUGUCGGUUUCAAGCGAAACUGAGUUGUACCAUUCAGCCAAAACCCCCAGCUCGUCUUCAUUCGACUUAGUCUCGGGGAUGGCAGGGGAGGGCGAAGGAGGGGAGGAUGAGGACGAUGAUGAUGAUGAGGUGGAUGAGAAGGAGCCAUUGGCGGGGCGGGACAGGGAGGGGAGGGAGAGGACGAAGGUGCUUAGGAGAGCAGUGCGCAGACAGAUUGAAGUGGGACGCAGCGAGGCCACAGAGCUGAAGCGGCUGCAGAAGCAGAGGACUAAAAACCCAGUGUGCAACUUCCGAGUGCUGGUGUUUGUGGCUGGGAAUGAGAAGGAGGUGUCAGAGACGGAGGCCCAACUGAUUGCAGACCAGCUCAACUUCAAGGCCCCCAUCGACACCACAGCGUUGGAGACGAUUGGGCAAGAAAAUGAGUGCAAGAAGAAGAUCAAAAAGGUGAAGAAGAUCUUAGCUAACUUUUACGAGGCAGAUGUCUACAACCGUUCGUCCGAGGCGGAAAAAGUGCAAGCGACCAGUGGUGUGCCGAUGCACAGUUCGGACCCAAAAGUGAACCCAAAUACAGCUGAAAACGACGUACCUGAUGCCGUGAAGAUGUUGAUGGGGUAUGAGGGGUGUAGUGGUAGUAGUGGGGUGGGGGUCGGGGGCGGGGAUCGAAUGAACCACGAUUUGGACUGCACAGUGAGUGACUUGAGGCUGAAGUGGAUCUGCAGUGAGAUGAACAAUGAGACGAAGCAGUUUCAACACAUGAUCUAUCCUUACAUGAUGUUGUGGGUGCACGAUGAGAGCAGUCUGCACAUGGAGUGUGGACCAAUGCUGGCCGCUCUGAAGGCUAUCUCGUGGGCCAACAACGAAAAUAAAAUAGGGGUGGUGCGUCGUCUGGUGUAUGGGGAGCCAAUCGAACAGGACAUCAAGAUAGUGGACGAGGAUACAAUGGGAGAGAUGAAGAAGCAGGCCAAAAACAACAAGGAGAAGGAGCGGCAGCUCGAUCAGGUCGCCACACAGAGACAGCUGGAUGGGUCGAACAAUGUGAAUGAGUUAAUGCGCAUGCCGGAGAUACUGGUGCUGGGACCGAAUGUGGAGAUGCUCAUGUACUGCAAGACGUGCAUGGAGCUGCAGCGCGUGGUAGAAGAGAGGAAACUGAAACUUACUUUUGUGAAAAAUAGAGAUGAGUUCCACCAAUACCUGUUCAGCCGGUCCUUCCUCACAGACAACGUGUGUCAGGGGGCACUGGUGGCCUACAAUCUGAUCCUAUGUGGCCUGUACGAGAGAGUGGACGGCAUGACAGGGUUCCCAGAGGGCAGACCAGGACACACUAACAGUGCAGGUCACGGGGACGACAGUCAGAUUUUCGACACCGAAUUCCUUUCGGACUGAUCACAACGCUAUCAGAAACAGUUAUCAGUGAAACUUGAUUUUUGUGAUUAGCUAGCCCGCUUCUCAACGUGUGCUGAAAUAAUUAGUUGUUGAGUCACAAUUCCUAUCAAGUAGUUUCGUUAUAUUCUCCUCUUAGAUGUCAUAAGACCAGCUGUAGGGCUGGCAGAUUGUUCUAUGACCAUAUAAUUUUCGUACAUUACACAAU